GACCCUAGGUCACCUUUACUCCGCUUCCGAACAUUUCCAAAGAAACCGCUGUCUGUAUCAGACCUGACGGGUGGGGCAUGGUGUGAGCUGCAGUAUGAGUACACCUUGACUCGGCUGCCUGGAGGGAAGAAGACCCGGACGACGGCCAUGAAGGAGGGCAGCAAGGUUCACCAAAAAUUAGAGGACCAAGUCCACACCACGGUUCAGGUCGAGAUCGCUACCAAGGAGGAUGCAUUUGGCCUGAAGAUCUGGAACAUCGUACAGGGCCUACGGACACUUCGGGACACAGGCCUGACCAGGGAGCUGGAAGUAUGGGGCCUGGUCGACGGGAAUGUUGUCAAUGGCCUGAUUGACUUUCUGGGUUAUGAGAAUCCGAAUCCAGAAUUUGAGCAGGAAUGGCUGAGUAGUCAGGGGAGCCAACCUGGAGCAGACGAUGAUGAUGACUCUCAGAAAAAGAUCACCAACUUCUUUCCGUCAGAUCGGGCAGAGGAACCGCAGCCCAGGGACACCCGCAAGGUUUACCUCACAGACGUGAAAACGAGAGGCGCCAAGAGUGUGCCGAAGGGGGCGGCAAUACGACCCACCAAGGUGCAGCUCUACUUGUACCACCGCUUCCUGUCCGACAUGGCCUCGGACAAACUCGACUUCUUGCGGGUUUUCAGGAGGUACGGGCUAGACGUCGAGGCGCCCUUCUCUGAUGCGUUUCUCGCGCAGAUCGGCGAGCUCCACGACGACCUUUUUUAUGAAUCUAACUCGGUCAUCUCCUCCACCUCGCCACCGUCGCCGGACUCCGACACCCAUGACCUCCUCCGCUAUCGCACUCUACGGGAGCUGGUCCCUCUACUGCGGAGCGAGCUGCGCCUAACAUUCCCUGCAGGCGCAGACAGCAUCGGAAGCGUUGUGUCAGUGGAAUACCGCCUGCGUGGUGAAGAGGGCUCCCUAAUAGGGACGAAUAUUCUCGCCGUGGACAACGGGGUCCUCGACCAGUAUCUCGAGGGUUAUAUGCAAUGGUGGAACGGCGAUCGACGUGCGAGCGGGGUAGACGUGGAGGAGGCGUAUAAGUGCUCUUAUUGUGAGUUUGCCGAGACUUGCUCCUGGAGGGAGGAGAUGGACUUGGCACACUUGAAGAGGGCGAGGCAGAAGACGGCGUCGCGGGCUGGGCCAGAAUCGGGUCUUGAUGCGGUUCCGCUGACGGGACGCAAGUCGCCCAGACCCAGGAGGCGGAAGAGUGUGUCCCCAGGGUGA